UCGCGUGAAGGCGGGAUGCCGCGGGCAAUGCCCGGGCCCGGGCUUGGACCUUUCGAUUGUAUAUUCAAUAAAGACAAAAAAGAAAGAAAUCCGAGAGAUAAUAUCAGACUGAACGGAACAGGAAAAGUAGAGAUUUAAAGUGAAGCCACCGAGGGGAGACCGAUAACCAUUUAUCAUCUGACUUUAAUCCGACUUCAGCGAUUUGUUUACCAGGCAGCGGCCAAGAUGUCGGCGAUCGCGGCUCUGGCUUCGUACGGCAGCGGCAGCGAGAGUGGGAACGAUUCUGAUGGGGAUUACGGAGAGGUUCCCAGCGGCGACGCCGUGGUUCAUUUGCAGGCUCUUGAUUCCGGGAAGUCGAUGUCAGUCGCUUUGAACUCGGCGCCAGAGGUCGCCGUGAAGGAAGAUGUGGAGACAGGAGUUCACCUUGACCCAUUUCUGAAAGAAGUCACAUUCAAUCCAUUGUAUGAAACUAUGUUUGCACCAGAGUUUGGACCAGUGAACCCUUUCAAGACACAGCAGAUGGCUGCCCCUAGAAAUAUGCUGUCUGGAUAUGCUGAACCUGCCCAUAUUAAUGACUUCAGGUUCGAGGAGCAAAGAAGGACCUUUCAUACCUAUGGUUAUGCUUUGGAUCCAACUUUAGACCACAGUGAAGUUCCAGCAGGGGAUACAUAUAUUGGUAGUGUUGAAGAUGCUGAGAAGAACCAAGGACUUACAGUAUUUGAAUCUGGUAAAAAGAAAACAGAAAAGCGAAAGAAACUAAAAGAAUCCGACCCAGCAAAUAUUGAGGGUUUUCAAGGGCCUUGGGCAAAGUAUGUCGAUGAAAAGGAUGUGGCCAAACCUUCAGAGGAAGAACAGAAAGAACUCGAUGAGAUCAUAGCAAAAAGGCAGAAGAAAGGCAAACAAGAAGAUGAAAAACCUGCAGAAGAGAAAACAAUCCUUCACCUCAAAGAUAUGUAUGACUAUCAAGGAAGAUCAUACUUGCAUAUUCCUCAGGACCUUGGAGUCAAUUUACGAUCUGCUCAACCACCUGAGAAAUGUUAUCUUCCUAAGAAGCAGAUGCAUGUAUGGACUGGACAUACUAAGGGUGUCAGUGCUAUUCGACUAUUUCCAACAUCUGGUCACCUGCUUUUGUCCUGUUCCAUGGACUGCAAAAUCAAGCUUUGGGAGGUUUACAAUGAACGCAGGUGUAUUCGAACAUUCAUUGGUCAUAGUAAAGCUGUGCGAGAUAUCUGUUUCAAUAAUGAUGGCAAGCAGUUCCUCAGUGCUGCUUAUGACCGAUACCUUAAACUUUGGGAUUCCGAGACAGGGAAAUGUAUUGCCAAGUUUUCUAAUCGAAAAGUCCCAUACUGUGUCAAGUUUAAUCCUGAUGAAGAUAAGCAGCAUCUGUUUGUCGCUGGAAUGUCAGAUAAGAAAAUUGUUCAGUGGGACAUUCGAUCUGGAGAGAUUGUGCAGGAGUAUGACAGGCAUCUGGGAGCUGUUAAUACAAUCACAUUUGUGGAUGAAAACAGACGGUUUGUGAGUACAUCUGAUGACAAGAGCCUCCGAGUCUGGGAAUGGGAUAUUCCUGUGGACUUCAAAUACAUUGCUGAGCCAAGUAUGCAUUCCAUGCCUGCAGUAACAUUGUCACCCAAUGGAAAAUGGCUGGCAUGUCAAUCAAUGGAUAACCAAAUUCUAAUCUUUGGAGCUCAAAACAGAUUCCGACUGAACAAGAAAAAGAUCUUUAAGGGCCACAUGGUGGCAGGUUAUGCCUGUCAGGUUGAUUUUUCACCUGACAUGAGCUAUGUUGCCUCAGGUGACGCUGAUGGAAAACUGAACAUCUGGGACUGGAAGACAACCAAACUUUACAGUCGAAUCAAAGCACACGAUAAGGUCUGCAUUAGUGCAAUCUGGCAUCCUCAUGAAACAUCAAAAGUCAUCACCUGUGGUUGGGAUGGGCAAAUCAAACUGUGGGACUGAUGGGAUUUCCUGAAAUUACCUGGCAUCUGGACUUCAAGUUCCAUCGAAGUGCUCUCAGAUACAUUCUAAGUGGCUGAAGCCACUAACAUUCUCAAGGAAAAUUGAAUGUGUAUUAGAUUGAAGGUUCCAAGAUGCAAGAAUAUCCACCUGCUUCUAGUCUUUUAUAAAUUUGAGUAAUCUUAAACAAUCAACAAACUGCUCUGUACUGUUUUAUUCUCCCAUUAUUUAUUUUGAAUUUGUGCUGUUCUGAGCAAAAACAGUUCUGAGUGACUAAAAAUUGGAAAGAACAAGAUAAAGGAUAUUUUUGAACACAUAACUUCAAAAGUCUUUCAGUGUAAAGAACUAAGCUAUCAUACAGUGCUUCUUUUGGGCCAAAGCAGUUAAAGAUUCCUCGGAGGAUUGUGGUAUCUUCAAAUAACCUACUGUUCUUUCACUGUAGAAGUAUUGUUUAAUGCAACUGCUGUUUGUGAAUUACUAAAUGAACCUUGGGUCACCACUCUCUCUUAUUUCAGUAUAGUCUCUAUUACUAAAUGGAAAAUAGAUAAUGCCUCCAGACUUUUUAAUUAAACAGGAACAUGCAAUUCUGAAAUGGUUAAUUUCUAAGGGACGUCAGAGUGCUACGAAUUACAGAGAAAAGUAGUCAUCUUACUUGUCAAGGGAUUUGAUCUUGAUGGUAUCGUUAAUCAAAUUGACCUUUCUUUGAAUAUAUUGUUCAGAAAACUAAGUAUUGACUGUUUCAAGACUAAUAUUUACCAUAUAAUCACAAUUUUGCUACAAAAGGCUUUUUUAUUGUUCAGCUGUUGUGAAAUUAGUGCAGUCCUAAUUAGAAACCUACAUAUUUGCCCUUCAAUAUAAUUGCAAACAUUUACACAAUGGUGGAGAUUUGUACAGAAAAUUGGUAACCAAACCGCCUGCCCUUCUAGUCCUUGAAACAAAGACAGUACUGCAGAUGCUGGAAAUCUGAAAUAUCAAUGGAAAAUGUAGGGAAUACUCAGCAGGACGAGCAGCUUGCAAGAGAGAAAUAGAAUUUAAUAGUAUAAGUUGUUUACUUUUACUGUGAAUUGGAAUAUGUUAGAUGAACUUUUCUAGUUCUGCUGUUUAUUCUCUGAUUUAAAAUGUUAACUGCUUUUGCUCUAUUAAUACCACCUAACAAGCUGAGAAUUUCCAGCAUUUUUUUGUUUAUAUAAUUUGUAUGACAGAAUGGGGGUUGAACCAGAAGAGAUAAUAUCAAGUACCUUGGUGUAUGUAGAAGGCAAGGAGUUGAAACAAAGCCCAGAGAUACUGGCAUUCACAGGUCUCCAACAGAAAUAUUUAAAUUAUUUUUAUGCUGAAUGAUUAAUAAGAGUUUAUUUUUUGACAUUGGUGAACUGUGCUGAUUUAACAGUAAAUUGAAUUCAAGGGGUCUUUUUUAAACAAUAUGUUUUUUUUGUUGGAUUGUGUACCCUAAUAAAUGUACUUUUCUAUGCCAUU